AUGCUCCAGAUGGUUCUAGAAGCUCCCCAGCAGUUGCUGAAGGAAGGCAGAGAGUCCCGGAAGCUGGUACUGCUGGUGGUAUUUGUUGCUCUCUUUCUGGACAACAUGCUGUUUACUGUGGUGGUGCCCAUUGUGCCCACCUUCCUGUAUGCUACAGAGUUCAGUCACAUCAACACAUCGCAGCACCUGGGCUCUGCCAUGACUUCUCAUCAAGCUCACACCUUGCCAGCAUUUUUGAGAAUGUGCUCAUUUUUUCACAAUAAAACUGUGGCUACAGAAGAAAAUAUCACGAGUGGCAUGGCAUGGAUGAGUGAUGCAUCUGGAACCACCCUGCCCCCAGUCACUGAAACCAUCUCAGCACAUAAAAACAACUGUUUGCAAGGCACAAAGUUCUUAGAGGAAGAGAACUUAUGGGUUGGGCUUCUGUUUGCUUCCAAGGGUCUGAUGCAACUUCUGGUCAACCCAUUUGUGGGGCCUCUCACCAACAGGAUUGGAUAUCACAUUCCCAUGUUUGCUGGUUUUAUUAUCAUGUUCUUUUCCACAAUUAUGUUUGUUUUUUCUGGUGCCUAUGUGCUGCUUUUUGUGGCUCGAAGUCUUCAAGGUGUUGGAUCUUCAUUUUCAUUGGUUGCAGGUCUGGGAAUGCUGGCGAGUGUCUACACGGAUGACCAUGAGAGGGGCCGAGCCAUGGGAAUAGCCCUGGGAGGCCUGGCUUUGGGAGUGCUGGUGGGUGCACCCUUCGGAAGUGUGAUGUAUGAGUUUGUUGGGAAGUCGGCUCCCUUCCUCAUCUUGGCCUUCCUGGCAAUACUGGAUGGAGUACUGCAGUUUUUUGUCCUACGUCCUUCAAAAGUUUCUCCUGAGAGUGCCAAGGGGACCCCACUCUUCACACUUCUCAAAGACCCUUAUAUCCUGGUGGCUGCAGGCUCCCUCUGCUUUGCCAACCUGGGGGUGGCUAUUCUGGAGCCCACUUUGCCCAUCUGGAUGAUGCAGACUAUGUGUUCCCCUGAGUGGCAGCUGGGUCUGGCUUUCUUGCCUGGCAGUGUGUCCUACCUCAUUUGCACCAACUUCUUUGGUGUCUUGGCUAACAAGAUAGGCCGGUGGCUGUGCACUCUAGUUGGGAUGAUAGUCGUAGGUACCAGUUUGCUCUUUGUUCCAUUGGCACACAGUAUUUCUGGUCUUAUUGGUCCUGUUGCUGGGGUUGGCUUUGCCAUUGGCAUGGUGGAUUCCUCGAUGAUGCCCAUCAUGGGACAACUGGUCGACCUGCGUCACACCUCGGUGUAUGGAAGUGUCUAUGCCAUUGCUGAUGUAGCUUUUUGCAUGGGUUUUGCAAUAGGCCCAUCUGCUGGGGGUGCCAUUGUUCAAGCUAUCGGCUUUCCUUGGCUCAUGGUCAUCAUUGGGGUCAUCAAUAUCAUCUAUGCUCCUCUCUGUUUCUACCUGCGGAGCCCCCAAGGCAUUGAGGCAAAGGUUGCAAUUCUGAGCCAAGAUUGCCCCAUGGAAAUGUGGACAUAUGCAACGCAGGAGCCAGCGCUGGACUUUCCCCGAGUGGAAGACAGUAAUGAGGAGACUGGCAGUGAGGAGUUGCAGCAGAGGCUGGCCCCUGAGCCUUGGCACGUGGAAGGCUCUGACUUUAUGACACCUCUGCGCUGA